GGUGUGUCCUCCGGCUCCCGCCAUGCCGUGCGGCCCGGAAGUGGCGGCCGCCAUGGAGGAGGACGAGCUGGAGCUGGCGGCCGGGCUGGAGACGGCGCUGGAGCUGGCUCCUGCCGUGCAGGCCGCCAUCGAGCAGGUAUUUCCCAGCCAAGAUCCACUGGACAGAGCAGAUUUCAAUGCUGUGGAGUAUAUUAAUACUGUCUUUCCCACUGAGCAAUCUUUGGCAAACAUUGAUGAAGUUGUGAACCAAAUCAAGUUGAAAAUAAGGAGGUUGGAUGACAGCAUUCGAACUGUAGUGAGAGGACAGACCAACGUUGGACAGGAUGGCAGGCAGGCCCUGGAAGAAGCCCAGAAAGCCAUUCAGCAGCUCUUUGGGAAAAUUAAGGAUAUUAAAGACAAAGCUGAAAAAUCUGAACAAAUGGUUAAAGAAAUCACACGGGACAUCAAGCAGUUAGAUCAUGCCAAGCGUCAUCUGACCACCUCCAUCACCACCCUCAACCACCUGCACAUGCUGGCGGGGGGUGUGGAUUCACUGGAGGCUAUGACCAGGAGAAGACAAUAUGGGGAAGUUGCCAACCUUCUCCAGGGUGUUGUGAAUGUGUUAGAGCAUUUCAACAAAUACAUGGGGAUUCCUCAGAUUCGACAGCUUUCUGAAAGGGUGAAAGCAGCACAGAAUGAAUUGGGACAACAAAUCUUGGCUGACUUUGAGGAAGCCUUUCCUUCUCAAGGUACAAAGAGGCCUGGCGGACCCAGCAAUGUCCUACGUGAUGCGUGUCUAGUCGCCAACGUCCUGGAUCCCAGAAUCAAACAGGAAAUCAUCAAGAAAUUUAUUAAACAACACCUCUCAGAGUAUCUGGUCCUUUUCCAGGAAAACCAAGAUGUGGCCUGGCUGGAUAAGAUCGACAGGCGCUAUGCUUGGGUAAAGCGUCAGCUGGUGGACUAUGAGGAGAAGUACGGGCGGAUGUUUCCCCCGGAAUGGUGCAUGACGGAGCGCAUCGCUGUGGAGUUCUGCCAUGUCACGAGGACAGAGCUUGCUAAGAUAAUGCGCACGAGAGCAAAGGAGAUUGAGGUGAAAUUGCUUUUGUUUGCGAUUCAGAGGACAACCAACUUUGAAGGACUUCUGGCUAAACGCUUCUCAGGGUGCACUCUGGCUGAUGGAACAGUGAAGAAGCCAGAAGUGCCACCUCCCUCCACCAACCCGUUUCUGGAGGAUGAAGCUGGGACAGAGACAGAUGAGAUUGUGAUUGAGAAGAGUGAUACGGACAAACCAAAGAAGCCAAAGGUCCCUGACAACCCUUUCCAUGGCAUUGUUUCCAAGUGCUUUGAGCCUCACCUUUACGUGUAUAUUGAGUCUCAGGACAAAAAUCUGGGUGAGCUGAUUGACAGGUUUGUGGCUGACUUCAAGGCUCAAGGUCCCCCCAAGCCCAACAUGGAUGAAGGAGGAGCCGUCCUGCCCAGCUGUGCCGACCUCUUUGUGUACUACAAGAAGUGCAUGGUGCAGUGCUCCCAGCUCAGCACAGGCGAGCCCAUGAUAGCCCUGACCACCAUAUUCCAGAAGUACCUUCGAGAAUAUGCUUGGAAAAUUCUGUCUGGAAACCUGCCUAAGACAACUAGCAGCAGUGGUGGGCUCACCAUCACUAGUUUGCUGAAAGAAAAGGAAGGCUCUGAAGUGGCAAAAUUUACUUUAGAAGAACUGUGCCUCAUUUGCAGCAUCUUAAGUACUGCAGAAUACUGCUUGGCAACCACCCAGCAGUUGGAAGAGAAACUCAAAGAAAAAGUGGAUGCAAGUCUAGUGGAGAGAAUCAACCUGACGGGAGAGAUGGACACUUUCAGCAUUGUGAUCUCCAACAGCAUACAGUUGUUAGUGCAGGACCUGGAUGCAGCCUGUGACCCUGCCCUGACUGCUAUGAGCAAGAUGCAGUGGCAGAACGUGGAACACGUCGGUGACCAGAGUCCUUAUGUCACCUCGGUGAUUCUCCACAUUAAACAGAAUGUCCCCAUCAUCCGUGACAAUCUGGCCUCCACGAGAAAGUAUUUCACUCAGUUCUGCAUAAAAUUUGCAAACUCCUUCAUUCCCAAGUUCAUUAACCAUCUCUUCAAGUGCAAACCUAUCAGCAUGGUGGGCGCAGAGCAGCUGCUGCUGGACACUCACUCUCUGAAGAUGGUUCUCCUGGAUCUGCCCUCCAUUGGGUCCCAAGUGGUGAGGAAGGCUCCUGCCAGCUACACGAAGAUAGUGGUGAAAGGCAUGACUCGGGCUGAAAUGAUCCUGAAGGUGGUUAUGGCUCCACACGAACUCCCAGCUGUGUUUGUUGAGAAUUACAUCAAGCUCCUUGCAGACUUCAGCACCGACACUUUCCAGAAGAUACUAGACAUGAAGGGCCUGAAGAGGAGCGAGCAGAGCAGCAUGCUGGACCUCUUCCGCCAGCGCCUCCCGGCUCCUCCCUCCGGCGUGGAGAACACUGGCUCCCUCUCACUGAGUGCUCCCACGCCUGAGCAGGAAUCCUCUCGGAUACGGAAACUGGAGAAACUAAUCAAGAAAAGACUCUAAGUGAGCAGAAGGAAACUGUUGCUCAGGACUGGCUGCAGUGACUGGGAGCAAAACUCCUCACAUGUAUGAUUGACAGUGUGCUGCUGAAAAAUCCCUGUCCCGUCAUCCCCAUGUCCUGUGAUCUCUUCACCAUCAUAAACUGUGGUGCUGCAUCUCCAUUCAGACCAAGAGAGAAUCUGACCAAGGUGUUUGCCCUGAGACAGCUUAGCAGGAGUGAAACUCAGGGCAUUGGUGGGUCUGUGUGGUGGAGAAAAUAGAGUCAGCAUGGAAGUCAGCAGCUACAAAAACAGUUUAGGAUUCAGAGAAUAUCCAGGUGUGAUACACUUGGUGUCUCAGCCUUCAGCCUGGCUGAGCUCCUGCUGCAGCACUGAGGAUUUUGCCUCAGAGUUCGGUGUUACUGCUCACUCCCUGUUGCAGAGCUGUUCCUCUGUUUCAUUAUUUAUUGCAGGGGGAGAACUAACCCCAAACCAUCACUACCACCAAAUCUCCAACCCUUUAACAGCUGGGAUCCAGGCUUCUGCACCUCCACUGGAUUAAUGAGAUGCCCAGGAAAGAAACCCUAAGCAGACUUCUCCCCUGGUCCCAGGACAGGCAUGUGUAAGCCACCAGUAAAGCAGCAAAGCAAAUCCUUUUUGAACAGGAGGAAAGGGUUGAAUUAAUGCCUUCUGCACCUUGGCAAACCUCCUGCCAACAAGCAGCAGCCUCAGUUGCUGUUACAGCUUAAAGGCCAAACCAGACAUCCGCAGAGCCCGUCUCCAGCUGCUUGUUGUUUCUCGUGUGUGUUGGACUCCCUGCUGUCCCUGAUGGGAGUUCCCAUACAGCAUCUCGCCCUCUCUCCACAAAGGGCUGUUCAUGGAGCAAGUGUCAGACAGCACCAGCUCCUUGCACUUAUGCCAGCAGGGGUGUGUCCCUUUGGCACCUUUGCUGCCCUGCAAGGAGAGGUGCUGGAAAUGGCUUUAACAGGGAGCCUCUUCCCAGGACAGGACACCAGCUUCAGACUUUGAGGGCCUUCCUUUCCUCCUUUGAGCUUCAGCUUGCACCAGUGCAGAGAGGAGAAGAACCAGAGGUGAACUAAUUUUGGAUAACCUGGCACCCAGCCACAAAGCUAGUGUGGAGCAGGGAUGGGUUUGGUGUACACCCUGCCCAUGGUGUGUUUCCCUAAGGAGUCUCAGUGGAGAGAAACAUCACCUCAGGAUUAGCAAUGCUGGAUUCCCAAACUCUGUACCCUUCUGGGGGACUUUGAAGGCCCAACCAUGAACAGUUGAAUCCCGUAUGGGUUUAGGGGCAGAUUGACCAGUCGUGCCUGCUUUACUCUUAAGUCAAGCGUCACUUGCACGUACAGGAGAAAGAAGUCCUGUACCAGUUUGGCAGGUGAGGAGCAAUCAUGAUGUCAGAUGCCUUCUUGGGUGGGUCACACUCCUCAUCAGGUUGAGCUGAGCCUUAGGACUACUUAUUAGGGCCUGUGCUCACUAGGGAUUUGAAUACUUGCUACUGCACAGCUGGGAGGGGGGGAUAAGACACUCCAGAAGAAUUAGCUCUGUCCAUCCAAAAUCCAGGUCUUCACUGGGAUCAGGGAAGGAAAAGGGGACAUGAGAAAUCCCAAAGUGAGGCAGAACCUGGGCUCAGGCU